UAUUUAUUGUUGAUGUUUGGUGAUAAUCAGUUAAUAUUUUGUAUUAUAUUUUUUGAUUAGUUGAUUUAAUUAACCAUUAAUCUUUUUUAAUUGUUUUCUGUUUCCUUAUUAACAAUUGUUGAAACUCUCUGUGUCUCUGGUUUUAAUUGUUGUGAAUUUAAAAUAAACAUAAUGUCCUCUGGUGAAGAUUUAACAGCCAACUUACGAAAUUAUCAAUUAUUAUCAUUUUUUAAUCUUCCAUUUUUAGGAUGGUCAAUUAAAAUACGAACUCAUUUUAAUCCUGAGAUUCCAAUUUGGUUAUUGGGUAUUAGGUAUCAAAGUAUUUCUGGUUCUAAUGUUUCUAGAAAUGAGAUACUGGAAAAUUUUAGACAAGAUUUCUCAAGUAGAAUCUGGUUAACGUAUCGUCGGGAUUUUAAAAGAUUACCUGGUUCAAUGUUCACCUCGGACAGAGGUUGGGGCUGCAUGUUGAGAAGUGGACAGAUGAUGUUGGCCCAAGCCUUUUUGAACCACUAUUUGGGCCGUGAAUGGAGGUGGAAUCGAACCCAAUCAGAUAAAAGUGGGAUGAUCCAUCGGAUGAUAAUCAAAUGGUUUGCUGAUGAAUUAACAGCCGAUUGCCCAUUCUCUGUACAUCAACUGAUCAGAAUAGGAGCUUCUGUUGGUAAAAAACCCGGAGAUUGGUUUGGACCUUCAAGUAUCGCUCAUCUAUUAAAGAAAGCUUUAGCUGUCGCUGCUCCAUCGAACCCGAUUCUCAGUGAUAUCUGCAUUUACAUAGCAAAUGAUUGUACAAUUUACAUUGAAGAUGUAAUCAAACAAUGUACUACACCUACAUUAAGUUAUAAAAAAUCUGACAGUAUUACCCGUGAUUAUGGUCGAUCUUUGGUAAACAAUCGUUCAACUCGAUUCUCAUUAGAUUAUGGUCGUACCCUUGAUCCCCGUGAACAUGGUUACUUUCCAGUUGAACAUGGUGACUCUGAGAGAGAUAAUUUAAAAGCUCGUCGUCAUUCAGCUAAACCCAUUUUCUAUGGUAAAGCAAUGUCAACAAUCAAUUUAGUUGAUACGGUAAACAGUGUAACAAACAGUCCAACCUUGGGUAAUCAUCCGCAAAUGGAUUUUGUAAACAAUUCAUCGGCAUCUUCAACCACCACACCAAACUCAUCAUAUUCAACAUCUCACAAUAAUCAUCUUCCUCAUCAUUCACAGUAUCUUCCCUCUUCCCAACGUUCUCAACGUCCAACAAGCCUUUCAGCUGUUGAAUCGACACGAGAAAAAUGGAAAAGUGUCAUUAUCAUUGUUCCCGUUCGACUUGGUACUGAAACAUUUAAUUCAAUGUACGAUUCGUGUGUUAAAUCACUUUUUCGUCUUAAAAGUUGUCUUGGUAUCAUUGGUGGUCGACCUCGUCAUUCAUUAUAUUUCAUCGGUAGCACCGAAGAUAAGUUAAUCUACCUUGAUCCACAUAAUGAUCAGAAGGCAAUCGAUCCAAGUAAAAAUGAUUUUCCACUCAAUUCAUAUCAUUGUGAUUUCCCUCGUAAAUUAUCACUUGAACGAAUGGAUCCAAGUUGUGCUGUUGGAUUCUAUUGUCGAACUCACCAAGAAUUUAACGAUCUGAUGAACACUUUAAAAGAAAUUGUCAUUCCAAGAGAUCAUAAUUACACUUCUUAUCCAAUGUUCAACAUAUCACCAGGAUCUGCAUCUGAUCAAAGAUUUGACUACGAUAGUUCAAUGGAACAAACAGUUCGAAUCAAACAUCGAUAUUUAGAUGCCUUCGGCGAAGUAACAUCAGAAUUUGAUGCCGACGAAUUUGUCAUGAUCUGAUUAACAUCGAAUUGAGAAGCGCAAAAAAAACCAAAGAAAAAGAAUUCGAAUAUAUAUAUUUAUUAAUAUAAUAUUAUAUUUAUCUCUUUCCUUACUUGACGAUCUCAAAUAAUCUUAAUUAUAAUAAUCAUCACCCGUAUUAAUUACUCAUGGUCAAGGAGAGAUAAACAAAAUGGAAUCUAAAAAUAUAAUUUAAUUGAUUAUGGCUCUAAGUUAAUUACUCUUAUUACAUAUACAUAUGAUUAUGCAAAAAAAAAUAUGAUCUGUACAAAUUUAAGCAAAUCAAUCAACUGAAUAUCCGUUUGAUUGUCACAAAAUUGUAAAUACAAAUUUGAUGCUAAAAAGUUACUGAUUAUGCUGACUGAAUAAAUUUUUGCUUCUAUGCUCAA